AUGUGUCUAUUAUACGGAAACUGUGACCAGACAAUGGAUACUCAGAGAAUUGCUUAUCAACAGCUACACAGUGAUCAUCACCAUCAUCAUCAACAUCCCCAGAUCCAGCACCAUCAGGAGCUGCAACAGUAUCCCAUGCACUACUACCACGAUCUGCAGCAGCAGCUGCAUCAGCACGACGAAACUCACCCUCAUUACUUGUACACUAGUUUUAGGCUUAGUUACGGAUACUCCCCUGUAGAUUCUCCACCGUCCCCGUCCUCUAUAACACUUCUGCACAGUCCAAGUUCCGGGGACAUGCCAGACUACCCGCCCGGGUACACCUGCAUGAAGGCGCCAAGGAGGAGAAAGCGAAAGUGUCAACAGCAGCAGGUUCAGCAGAGACAAGCGGCCAAUAUGAGGGAACGGAAACGAAUGCAGUCUAUUAACGAUGCUUUUGAAGGUUUACGGGCACACAUACCAACACUACCAUACGAGAAGAGACUCAGUAAAGUGGACACUCUUCGCCUUGCCAUAGGUUACAUCGGUUUCCUCUCAGAGAUCGUCGAGACGGACGUUCACAGCAAAGAGAGUACCAAACACACAAGUACAAAUGAAGACUUCGAUACUUUUGGACCGCCGCCACUCGCCGGUCACUCUUUAUCUUGGCGUGAUGUCAAGCAUCCGAUCCUGGGUCCUAGAAACACAAUGGUAGCCAAAAUAUGGACCCCAGAAGAUCCACGUUCCCAUAAACUCCAGGAAGCAGACUGCUCAGGGAUCCUCCACUCUACCGUGGAUUCACCACAGUUUUAA